ACCAGAAUGUUAAAAACAAAUUGCAUCAAAAGUGGAGAAAUCUAUAGCUGUUUUCCCUGUUUAACAAGGUGCAACCAAAAACAUAUCCCUUUACAGAGAGAAACAAAUAUGAAAUCUGAGACUCAUUGGAGAAAAAAACAUAGUCAAAGUCCAGCAUCUUCUAUUUUGUCUUCAGCGAAACAUGAUGCAGAAUGUCAAAGCUGUAAGAUGGCUGAAGAAAACUGCCCCAUAUUGGAUCUUCAAAAAUGUUUACAAGUUUUACAUCAUAUAAAACCUAUAUCCAAGCAGCCUUUUAAUCUCCUGAGAGCAGAUUUGAUCUUAAAAUCAGAAAUUGCAGAUCUCUGUAAAGAGCCGCUGUAUCUAGAGAGUAUUGAGAAAAGUUUUCAAGACGUAGAUUUCGGUUUUGUGACAGCUGGUAAAUGUUUUGAAAAAACAAUACUAUGUCAAACUGAUCAUAAUGUUGUGACCAAACAAAGAACAGGAAGGAAAAAUGUACAGUUUAGAAGAUUAGCACCUACUUUUCAGCAUCCAAGAAUACUUCUAGAAUCUCAAACAAAUUCAAAGAAAUGUGGUUUUGUUUACAAAGAAAAUUUGAACACAAAAUAUAAAAUGGGAGAUCCAAAAAUAGCUCUUGAAAAGGAAUUCAAGGUUGCUACCCGUAUAAAAGAUAAGGUGGAAAUGUUUCCACCAAUGCGUUCUGCAGGUAGCAUCCCUCACUUGGAUACAUGCAAUAAGAUGUUUUCCAAAUAUGAAGAAACAUGUGAUGUUUUAGAAUGUGGACAGAAGAAUACAGAUGAUGAAUCUCUUGUAGAGCAUUCCCCGCAACUAUUUUACUAUAAUAACCCAGAUGGGACAAACACACAAAGAAGCCAAGUUUCUCCUUGCAAGACGUCAUUUACUAUGGAUCUUCAUUUGCCUUUGGAAUUUGCCUUACAGCUUGUUGACCUGUUUGGACCUCUUGGCCUUCAAAUUGAUGAAUUGUUGUCAGAAGAUUAUACUGUAUCACUUGACUGGGAUUUGUCAAUGAGAAUUCACCAACAAUGGAAGCAAUCUUUGAAGCUAGUGUCAGAGUCAUUGCACCAGUCACCAUCAACCUCCAAAGGAUCCCUUAUCAAUCAAUCCCUUACACAGACCUAAUCCAAUCAAGGAAACUUGUCGUCCUUUCUGAAUUUCUCAUUCUGGGACAGUAUGCUGAUCACAUGUUCCUCUGCAACAAUGCAAUUUUGAUUGGGUCACUUUAUUAAAUAAAGAAAUAGUAGUAAGGUCAUCUAGUGAGAAUAUCAUAAAAUACAAAGUUGAUUUCUAAAUCACUUGAUAUUUUAAUAUAUAACAAUUAGUUCUUGGGUUCUUGAUAAGACAAAUGGGGCAAGGACACAUAAUGCAAACAUUUUUGUCAGGUUUUCUCUAGUCUGUUUUCGUUGACAGUUAAAAUUUAACAUGAUGUGACA